AUGACAUCGGCUCGCGCGCUCAUGGACUUAAACGCUGAACACGGCACGUCUGAAUUGAAGGAGGGCAUGCGCUUCAGCUCCGGCACAGACGCGACCUAUUUCAUGCAGGACUACACGUACAAUGCCAAUACACGCUGUUGUGUUAAAAGCAGUGGAACAAUGAAGACGUACACUUGCAGCCACGCCAAAAAAACCAAGCCCAAAGGGGCCGUCUCGAAUGACGAGGGAGAGACAACUGUCAUCUCCUCGGUCGACGACAGGAGUAUUCCCGGUGAUGUGUGUGGCUGGGAGGUUCGCGUCUCGAUCAAGAGAGAGCGUGGUGAGUCUCAGCUCUUCUGGGUUUCGUAUAUUAACGACUUGCCCAGCGACUUGUGUACGGAGGCGGGAGCCGCGAAGCAGCCACAAUAG